CGCGCCCAGCCCAGGGGGAGGGACGCGGGCCCCGCAGCUCCGAUCCCAGCCCCCGAGCUUCCCCGGCGAGUCCCGCAGCGGUCCGGCGGCUCCGGGCAAGGUGUGCGGUCGGAGCGCGGGCCCGGGACGCGGACCGGCGAGCGGCGGUCGCGCGGAGGGAGCCUGGGGAGGCGGGACGCAGAGCGGGCGCGCGGCCCCGACCCGGCGGGAGCCGGAGCAGCGCUGGCGUGGAUGCCCCCAUCACUUGGCCUUUGGAGACUCAGUUGCUUUUUAAUGGCGGCAGAGGCUGUCGGAUGAACUAUUGGAGGCUAGAGUUUGUUUUGACACCAGAGGGUCGCUUUGGCUUAGCUCCAUCACUGCUGGAUUGGUCCUUCCUGGUCCCUCCACUGUUGAAGGGAGAAGAUGCCACUGCCAUUUGGACUGAAAUUGAAACGCACCCGGCGCUACACUGUAUCCAGCAAGAGCUGCCUGGUUGCACGGAUCCAGCUGCUCAAUAAUGAGUUUGUGGAAUUCACUUUGUCUGUGGAGAGCACUGGCCAGGAGAGCCUGGAAGCUGUAGCCCAAAGACUGGAGCUGAGGGAGGUCACUUACUUCAGCCUCUGGUACUACAACAAGCAGAAUCAGCGUCGCUGGGUGGAUUUGGAGAAACCCCUGAAGAAGCAGCUGGAUAAGCAUGCUUUGGAGCCCACCGUCUACUUCGGGGUGGUGUUUUACGUGCCUUCCGUUUCCCAGCUGCAGCAGGAAAUCACCAGGUAUCAGUAUUACCUGCAGCUGAAGAAAGAUAUUUUGGAAGGAAACCUUCCCUGUACGUUAGAACAAGCCAUUCAGCUAGCUGGCUUAGCUGUUCAAGCUGAUUUUGGUGACUUUGAUCAGUAUGAAUCCCAAGACUUCCUUCAGAAAUUUGCCGUGCUCCCAGUGGGGUGGCUCCAGGAUGAAAGCGUGCUGGAAGAAGCCACCCAAAAAGUGUCCUUACUACAUCAGAGAUACAGAGGGCUAACAGCUCCUGAAGCUGAAAUGCUCUACAUGCAGGAAGUAGAGAGAAUGGAUGGCUAUGGAGAGGAGAGCUAUCCUGCCAAGGACAGCCAAGGAAGUGACAUAUCCAUCGGUGCUUGUCUUGAUGGCAUCUUUGUGAAACAUAAGAAUGGAAGGCCUCCUGUAGUAUUCAGGUGGCACGACAUUGCUAACAUGUCCCACAACAAGUCCUUCUUUGCAUUAGAGCUGGCAAAUAAAGAGGAGACCAUCCAGUUUCAAACUGAAGACAUGGAAACCGCGAAGUACGUGUGGAGACUGUGUGUUGCGCGGCACAGAUUUUACAGACUGAACCAGUGUGACCUGCAAACUCAGACUGCCACGUUGAACCCAGUCAGGAGGGGCUCAUCUUCCAGGAUGUCUCUGCCUAAACCCCAGCCCUAUGCGAUGCCUCCCCCACCCCAGCUGCAUUAUAAUGGACAUUAUUCAGAGCCAUUUGCUUCUUCCCAAGAUAACAUCUUUGUGCCCAACAAGAAUGGAUUCUAUUGUCACUCCCAGACAAGUUUGGACAGAACCCAAAUGGACCUCAGUGGCCGCAUCCGCAAUGGCAGCGUCUACAGCGCACACAGUACAAACUCCUUAAAUACCCCCCAGCCCUACUUGCAGCCCUCCCCGAUGUCCUCCAACCCAAGUAUCACUGGCAGUGAUGUCAUGAGACCGGACUACAUCCCAUCCCAUCGACACAGUGCCCUGAUCCCUCCGUCUUACCGCCCCACCCCGGACUAUGAGACUGUGAUGAGGCAGCUCAACAGAGGCAUGGUGCAUGCAGACAGGCACAGCCACUCGCUGAGGAACCUCAACAUCGGCAGUUCCUACGCCUACAGCAGGCCGGAUGCCUUGGUCUACAGCCAGCCUGAGAUUCGGGAGCAUGCACACCUUACCUCUCCCCAGUCGGCUCACUACCCGUUUAACAUGAACUACAGUUUCCACAGUCAGUCUCCGUAUCCCUACCCUGCUGAGAGGCGACCGGUGGUGGGCGCUGUCAGUGUGCCGGAGCUGACAAAUGUGCAGCUCCAGGCCCAGGACUACCCAGCUCCAAACAUAAUGAGAACCCAGGUAUACCGGCCACCCCCGCCAUACCCGUACCCGAGGCCUGCCAACAGCACCCCAGACCUGUCCCGCCACCUCUACAUCAGCAGCAGCAAUCCGGAUCUCAUCACCAGGCGCGUGCACCACUCGGUGCAGACCUUCCAGGAGGACAGCUUGCCAGUGGCGCACUCUCUGCAGGAGGUCAGCGAGCCCCUCACGGCAGCUCGGCAUGCCCACCUACAGAAGAGGAACAGUAUUGAAAUUGCGGGGCUCACACAUGGCUUCGAAGGCCUGAGGCUCAAGGAGAGGACCAUGUCAGCCUCAGCGGCAGACGUGGCUCCACGGCCUUUCUCAGUGGGCUCCCAGUCCAGUGUCUUCUCUGACAGAACAAAGCAAGAGGAGAGUGAAGAACAGGAAAGUGACAGGUACAGCCAUAAGAAGUCCCUUUCUGAUGCCACCAUGCUGAUACACAGCAGCGAGGAGGAAGAGGACUUGGACGAGGACAGCAGCAGAGCACACACUGUCUCAGCUGUGUCCGAGCCCCGCCUGGCCACCCCUUACUCUCAGGAGCAACAGCGAAACUACCCCUGUGCGCCGGUGACCGCAGUCGCCGGCCCCCUGCAUAUUCUUGAGCCCAAGUCCCAUUUUCCGGAGCCUGAGAAGAGGGUGAAGGACAUCAGCCCUGUCCAUCUGGUGGCAGAGACCCAUCGGCCCCGGAGAGAUGGGUUGCUGACCCCCUCCAUGUCCGAGUCUGACCUCACCACUUCAGGGAGGUACCGAGUGAGGAGGGACUCUCUCAAGAAAAGGCCAGUGUCAGACCUCCUCUCUGGGAAGAAGAACAUCGUGGAAGGACUUCCACCACUCGGGGGAAUGAAAAAGACUCGAGCAGAUGCAAAAAAGAUCGGUCCCCUCAAGCUGGCUGCCCUCAAUGGACUCUCCCUGUCCCGACUGCCACUCCCUGAUGAAGCGAAGGAAGUGUCCACCAGGGCCACGAAUGACGAAAGGUGUAAGAUUCUGGAACAGCGCUUAGAGCAAGGAACGGUCUUUACCGAAUAUGAAAGGAUUCUUAAAAAACGACUAGUUGAUGGGGAGUGCGCAACAGCCCGGCUCCCUGAGAAUGCAGAAAGAAAUCGGUUCCAAGAUGUGCUUCCCUAUGAUGAUGCGAGGGUAGAGUUGGUACCAACCAAGGAGAACAACACGGGCUACAUCAACGCCUCACACAUUAAGGUCUCUGUCAGUGGAAUUGAAUGGGAUUAUAUUGCCACACAAGGCCCAUUACAAAAUACCUGCCAGGACUUUUGGCAGAUGGUGUGGGAACAAGGAAUCGCAAUCAUAGCAAUGGUGACAGCGGAAGAGGAGGGUGGCAGGGAGAAGAGCUUCAGGUAUUGGCCAAGGCUUGGCUCAAGGCACAACACCGUCACCUAUGGAAGGUUUAAGAUCACAACUCGCUUCCGCACGGACUCAGGCUGCUAUGCCACUACAGGUUUGAAGAUGAAGCACCUUCUUACAGGGCAGGAGAGGACAGUGUGGCAUCUCCAGUACACAGACUGGCCUGAGCACGGCUGUCCUGAAGACCUCAAGGGAUUUUUAUCAUACCUUGAAGAGAUCCAGUCUGUUCGACGUCAUACAAACAGCACUAGUGAACCCCAAAGCCCCAACCCUCCACUGUUGGUGCAUUGCAGUGCUGGCGUAGGAAGAACGGGCGUCGUCAUUUUGUCAGAGAUCAUGAUUGCCUGUCUGGAGCACAAUGAGGUGCUGGACAUCCCCAGAGUGCUGGACAUGCUGAGACAACAGAGAAUGAUGCUGGUGCAGACGCUUGGCCAGUAUACGUUCGUGUACAGAGUUCUCAUUCAGUUCCUCAAAAGCUCCAGGCUCAUUUAAGCUCCCACACCUUUUUAUGGGGACCCAAUCAUGUGAAGUGUUUACAGCUUACAGAAAAAGAAGAAGUUCCUGCGCGGCUCCUAUCUUGUUCCCAGCAGCUCCAUGUGGACACCCUGAAUGGGAGGCGUGGUAUGAAGAGCAGAAGCAUCCUAAGCACAAGGCGGAGGAGGGUGUGGACCCGGGCAGGCUGAGGACGACAGCCUGGUGCCCUGGCCUCACCUGCCCAGUUCGCAGCACUCACACACACAUUGUGGAGUCUGUAUUUUCUAGACGGUUCUCUGUCUUGCUGAAGCUGCACUGGGCAGUCAUUAAGGCACACAGAUUUCUAUCUUAAGCUAGUUUUUGAUAAUGUAAUUUUAUGAGUAAAUAGGGGUUUUUUUUGUUUUGUUUUGUUUUUAGCUAGAAGCUGAACUUUUAUGUGGGAUGAGCCACAGACUGAGUGGUUCUUGAGUAACUGUAUUUAAAAACAUUAUAAGCUUUUGUUUAAGAACAAAACCCACGGGGAGCUACGUUGUUUAUUCACCAAAUCCAAAACUAAAGAAAAUCUGAAAGUGUUAUUUUGAAACGUAGAAAGCAUUUUUAUAUUCAGAAUGUUUUUUAUCGGAAAAGUUCUAUAUAUUUGUACCUUUCCAAAUAAGAGCUCAAUUUGUUAUGAUACUGAGUCAGUUAAUGUGAAGCUGGGUAUAAAGGCACAUUAUUUUUUAAAAAAAAAAAAUCAAAGAAUCAGAUUCACUAUUUUUUUCAGUAUUAUUAAUAGGCAUAAAUGAGUUUGAUUUUAUUGGUUGAAAAUGAAGAAAGCAAUUGCAUAGAAUGGUUUUAAGCACUUUUUUUUGUUAAAAUGAAUUUCAUAUAUGUGGCUUUCUAUUUUAAACAACAAUAGUGGACACUAUUUCAAAGAGAAGGGCUAUGAGUAUGUAAGAUGACUAGGACAAGAGUAAGUGUGGUGGUCAUGCAGGGUAGCUUGGCCGUUACAAAAAUGCAGUAUUAUGUAUAAUCACACUGAGAAAUGAGAUGGAGAGUGAGGUCUUGGGAACUUGGGGGCUACACACAGGGAAUUCAAGUUCUGCAUUGUCAGUGAUGUACUUUGGUUUUUGGGGGAAUUCCUGUAUUUUUCACCCUACAAGCAAGUUCAGGUUUGUAUUGUCUUUAAAGAAACCUUGGAGGAAUCUUGGUUUUCCUUAGGCUGAAAGAAGGAAACAGUUAAUGAGAGGUUCCUUUCCAGAAACCAUAGCUUAAACUUAUGGGGCCACCAGAAAUUGCUGUGGUAUUCAGGGAGUACUUGAAUUUAGCACCUUAAUCCUGUCCUUGCCCUGGGAUCGGUUCUAGGCACUUGAUUCUAUCUCCUUUGGGAACAUCUUGCUGGUCAGAACCAGAUGAGGUUUGAUGGGAAGAGUAGUGUCCUUGGCCCAGGCUAAGCUUGCUUUGUGAGAAGUGGCGGACAAGCAGGCACAUUUAGCCUUAGCUGAUCACCCCCCCCCCCCACACACACACCUGAUUGUAGUUCUGUAGUUCACCAUGUAGACCUUCUAGAAUGUUGGAUCUAGGAUUAGCUCCCAAAUGAUAAUGUUCUGCCAUCAUUCUGAUUAGACUCUUUGUGGUGAGCUUCACCCUCCAUGACAGACGAGUGCCAGCCCAACUAAGCACAGUAGGCUCACGUGGAAAGCACACCCCAGGAUGGGAUUGGAGGUUUGGGUGGUAUGUGUUAUACCAUAUAAAGGAUAGGACUUUUUCUGAAACUCUUUCUUCCAAUGGUACGUUGUUUAAAGAUGCUUUCUAUUACACUUAAACAUCUGGAAAUAUCCCUCUGACAAGAACAUAUUGUAAAACAAAACUUUAAUUAAAGAGUAAUAUAUGGCA